AUGUUUUGGCUUAGCACAUUAUCAAGGUCUCGCCUUAUAGCGGCUACUGUGAUGUUUGGGAGAGCUUUGGAAGAAAUAUCAUAUGAUUUGGCAGUAAGAAGUGGCAGGAUUCCUAACACUGAUGCAGUAGAAGACAUGUGUUGCAAGCUACAUGGUACUGUCAAUUUGCAGCAUCUAUUACAAACUGAUGGAGAUAAGAUAUAUGGUGUUUGUUUUGAUGGUAAUGGUGUUGUGGAAAUUAAGAGAUUGGAUGAUUCUGGUGAGGAAGAGUCUAAGGUUGAAAAGAGAAAUAGUUAA